AUGGGAGAAGCAAUUCUUGCAAUCAACGCCGGCACGUCGUCGGUGGGCGUCACCAUCUUCAACCGCGAAAACCCGCCAAGGAAAAUCGCAACCGCCAAAGUGGCUGGAAUCACUGCACCGCCACGGGUCUUCAAGUAUGCGCACGGCGACACCAAACAGAGCAAAGAAAUCGAGGAGCAAAUAGACACUCCGCAGAACGCAUUCAAAUACCUUCUGACACAUUUCCUCAAUGACUCUGAACUGGAAAUAGCUGGCAAAAAGGAUGACAUUGCCUACAUCUGCCAUCGGGUUGUGCAUGGCGGUGACUUCAAGCAUGAGGCGGUGAUUACCACCGACACAUUUGGCUACCUCGAAGCGCUGCAGGACCUUGCUCCCCUACACAAUACGGCAUCUUUGGACAUCAUCCGAACAUGUCUCAAUGAAAUUCCAAACGCGAAAAGCGUGGCAUAUUUCGAUACAACCUUUCACCAGUCACUCCCAGACUAUAUCAAGACAUAUCCCGUUCGCCAGGACGUUGCCAGGUCGAAUUGGCUGCGAAAGUACGGUUUCCAUGGCAUUAGUUAUAAAUUCAUCGCGCGCUCCGUCGCAGAGUUCCUUAAAAAACCCCUGGACUCGACGAACAUCAUCGCCCUCCAUCUCGGUAGUGGCGCAUCUCUAUGUGCCAUUAGGGCUGGAAAACCGAUAGAUACUUCAAUGGGCCUUACGCCUCUUGCUGGACUACCGGGAGCCACACGCAGCGGAGACAUUGACCCAACGCUGGUAUUUCACUAUACAUCCGAAGCGUCUAAAUUGAGCUCGUCAAGCACCAAGGAUAUGCGCCUCACACAGGCCGAAGAGAUCCUAAACAAACAAGCUGGUUGGAAGGCUCUUACGGGCUCAACCGAUUUUUCCAAAAUAGCGACAGAAAGUCCCGAAACGGACAUGCACAGGCUAGCAUUUGAUAUAUUCGUCGACCGCAUCGUUGGCUUCAUCGGAAGCUAUUUUGUUAAACUAGACGGAGUGGUUGACGCGGUAGUAUUUGCAGGUGGUAUUGGGGAGAAGAGCGCAAUCCUUCGAAAGGCCAUUGCAGAAAAAUGCCGAUGUCUCGGAUUUUUGAUUAACCAGCAAGCAAACUCGAAAGAUAUCGCUGAUGAUGCACAUACUGUGACUGAUAUGUCUGCAAAAUCUGGCCAAAAACCGGCGGUAUUAGUUUGCCAAACUGAUGAAGAGGUAUCAGAUCCCAGGUUCCGUUUCUCCAUUGUUCUCUUAUGCUAA